AGUAUAAAUCGUGACAUUAUGACAGACCUCGAUAUAUACACCUGUUGGGGUUUUUUUGUUUUUGUUUUUUGUUUUUUGUUUUGUUUUGUUUUUUGUUUUUUGUCUGCAGUGCUACAUAAAAAGAGAUUCGGAAUAUCCUAAAUGUCUGUACCCAAAAUCUUAGAUCCAUUCCCUUUAAUUUAAGAUCUGCUAUUGUGUAAACAAAGUCUUUCAUAAAUAUUGUGCAAACAAAGUCUUUCAGGCCAUAACGCAAGAACUGAGGAACAGGAGAAACUUAACAUGGACCGUGUAUGUAUGCUACGUGCACUAGCCUUUUGUACCAGUAUAUAUCUCGUCGUCAGCUCUCCUUGUUCGUCAGAAAAUGUGGACCUUUCAGACUGUCUGUCUCAUAUCGUCAGGAAUGCAAAGAACGAUUCUCGGUUCUGGUUUGGGAGUAGCUACUUUGCCCGAUGUCCCAACCCUUAUUCCUCACCGGACUGCAUCAACCUGUUCCCCUACAGGGCAUACAGUCUCGUCUCCCGUAUUUUUGGAACCGACUAUAUAUUCCAAGAAUCUCUGGUGACCAAGUAUGUGAAUGUGACAUUUGACACAGGAACAGGGUCAUACAGUGGGUGUGGAAACGUCUGGUCAGUUACGGAGAGCCGGAAAAUUGAAUUGGACCCGACACAGCCCAUGAUCUAUAAGCCUUGGAGUGUCCGAAAUCGACCAACUAUGACGUGGUUAGCAGAUCAGAACGAAUUGUACACAAUGAUUGUUUUUGAUGCGGGUGUAUUGAUUAAUCAUGGAAUAUUUCUAAACAUUCCCGGAAAUGACGUCAACAGAUCAGAGAUUUUCAAAGACUAUUCUGGUCCUCUACCAUCCUCGCCCACUGCUAACGUAUUCGCCUUCCUGCUAUUUCGACAGUCCGGGCGGAUCAAUCUAUCAGAGGAGUGGACACAGAAACUGAGCAAUUCUCUAACAAAUAUGACAUCUUUGUCGUAUACAAUGAGAGGCGCAGUGGAGUACCUGAAUCUCACAGGUCCUGUUGGGAUGAAUUGGAUGGAGGCCAAUAUGGAUCCAUACUCCAUACAGAGCAUGGCAAACUUUAGAAUCGUCUAUAACUGUCCCUACCUCAUAUCGGAAGCCAUCGGAAGCCACAACAGAACCUUUAUUCCUGACAACAUCGUGCUAACAGUCAAUGUUGACGUCACGUUUUCACCAAGCGCCCUUUCCUUUUCAUCCUGCUGCGCCGUGUAUUCAAUGCCAUCUAGGGUAGUUCGGCUGAAUCCACUGGGGAGUGGUAAGGUCGACUCGUGGGAUGUUCGCUCCGAUGCCGAUCCCAUUCCUGACUUCACAGCUCUGGGCUUUUAUACCCAGAUUAAAAACUUUACUGGCAAAACAUUCACACUCCUUUGUGUAGAUCCAGAUGUUCCAAAUCACACGGCAGGGACUCGGGAGAGCCCGCUACUUCAUUGGAUGGUUGUGAACAUCCCUGAGGGUAGAAUGGCGGAGGGGGACAAUGUGAUGUCCUACAGAGGGCCCCAGCCUCCCGACACUGCCCACUACUAUUACUUUCUGUUGUACGAACAAACUAAUGUCAUCAAUACCAAUGACACUGAAACUUACACCACUCCCCCCGGAUCCAGAUUUUUGUUUGACAUAUCCAACUUUGUAUCUGACAAUUCCCUGAGUUUGGUAGGCGUGACUUGGUUCAUAGCUGAGCCCGAUGAGUUUACGCGGUACCUCUAUUCAACAUCUGGCGGGAACGUGACGUCACUGUGUGCUGGACAACCCAACUUUGAAUCUCCAUGUCCCACUUCUGGAUUCGCCGUCUGGCGCUUAACUUUGUUGGAGAUUGUUUUAUUUACUACUAUCUGCAUCUUGUUCUCAUCAUAAACCAAUUCUAAGUCAUUUACCAAUGACCGUCUCUCAUUUAUAUUGGACAUGCAAUAUUAUUCAAGAAAUGCUUUAAUAUUACAUUACAGACUAGUUUGAUGCAGAAAUAGAUAUUUCGCAAACGCACAUUCUUUCUUAUGAGAUUUUUUUUCCUGUGAGGGCUUGAACGAAGCGACAUUAUUCUGAAUGACAUACACUUUUUGUAAGAUUGAUUAUUUUGAUAUAUUUACAUUCAUUUUGUGUUCUAUUGAAAUCCAUUGCUUGUCAUUUGCAACAAUGAAGAUAUUUUGUUUCAAUCUAUGGUAGUUAGAUCUGUAUUUCUAGUAUGAAUAUGAAUUAUACAUUAUACUACCCACUU